UGUUAAAGCCAAAGCUCAAUGUAUAAACUAUAUUAAAGAAAAGCUUGGCUUAAUUAGUUCUAAACCUAUCCAAUUCAUUUCUGUUACUUAUAAUGAAGCACAAUUACAAUUAGUCGAAAGUUUAUUGAAGAAAGAAGAAAUAGUAUUUGUAAUCGAAAUAUUAGUUGAAUCCUUAAAUGAAGCCAAACAACCACAAUUUAAAGGAUUAAAGUUAAAAGGAAAGAAAGAAUUAUUAAUAAUUUUGCAACAAGUUUAA